AUGGCAAUUUCAAGUAGAUUGGGUUUUCCAUACCUAUUCAUUACAUUUACUUGCAAUCCAACAUGGCCAGAGAUUAUCCGGGCAUUGUCAGAAACUGGUUUACAACCACACGAUCAACCUGAUAUUAUUACUAAAGUCUUCAAAAUAAAAUUUGACGAACUCAUUGCCGAUAUAACUAAAAAGCAUGUUCUAGGCAAAGUUUUGGCAUGCGCUGUUAAUCGCCCAGCACAUGUUUGGAGAGAAUCAUGGGAGCUGUUAUCUGAUGGUGUCCUACAUGCUCAAAGGAAAUUGAUUGAUAAUGACUAUAGAUUCAUAAAUUUAUUCUUCAAUGUGAAAUACCGGAGAGAUGAACAAAGAGCUAUGUAUAAAAAAAUUAUGGGAGCCGUCUACUCACAAAAUGGUGCAGUCUUCUUCCUACAUGGUUACGGUGGGACUGGUAAGACAUACAUGUGGAGAACACUGGCAACAACAUUAAGGUCCAAACAUGAUAUAUGUCUAACAGUCGCAACCAGUGGUAUAGCCUCAUUAUUGUUACCAGGAGGUAGAACUGCACAUUCAAAAUUUAAGAUACCAGUGCCAACACUAGAUAAUUCUACUUGCAAAAUUGAGUACAAUGAUUAUGUUGGAGACCUUCUUAGACAAACUAAACUAAUUAUCUGGGAUGAGGCUCCAAUGGCACACAAGCAUGCUUUUGAAGCACUUGACAGAACUCUCAGAGAUGUAAUGUCUACAUACAGUAACUCAAAGGAGAUGUUUGGUGGAAAAGUUGUUGUGUUUGGAGGUGAUUUCAGACAGAUUUUACCUGUUGUCCCUCGAGGAAGUCGUUCAGAUAUUGUACAUUUUGCCAUAAAUGCUUCUUACAUAUGGAAUACUGUUCAGGUGUUAACAUUAACCAAAAACAUGCGGCUGCAAUCCGGUCUGACAGAAAAUGAUAAAACCGAAAUUCAAUAG